AAAUAGCACCGGGAAAAAAACGUCUUCCUGCCGCGCAUGCACAUUGCUAAUGUUGCUGUAACUUGACUUGAGACAAUGCUAGCAAGGCCUCCGUCUUUCCGAACUUUAAUGUUCCUGCAAACUACAAAAACAAUGAAAUGGGCUUGAACUUUUAUAUAUCUCACCACAGGCUGUCUGGAGGAUGUGUCUGGCUGGCCCUCCCCUUCAUUGUCCCCCAUCUAGUCCUCCCCCACGGAGUUGGGGGGCUGUAAAUCACAAUGCCUCGCAGCAGCUCAGACGCGGAUGCAAAGCACCGGAGAGCACAUCUUUUCUUCAUGGCAAGCUUACUUGAGUCCAAAUGAGGAUCCGAGCUCCUCCGGGGGCCGCGGUCAUGUAGCCGUGACUGCAUGCGGAGGCUCCGGGCUGCCUGCAACGACGGUGGCGGCGUCGGCUCCUCGCUUCACCGGCGUCCCGGCGGCCGUCUCAUGCGAAACCCAGCGGCCCAUUUGCGAAGCUCCAGCCCCACACAGUCCAAUGGUUAUUGCUCUUGCACAGGACCCCAGCCACAGGGCAUGGAUAUAUCUGAACUGGAGCUGGUUCAGAUAAUACUUAUCCUGUUGGCGAUGAGCGUGAUGGUGGCCGUGAUCAUCUGCCUUCUCAUCCACUACCGCCUCGUCGCCCUGUCCCUACUCGGCAGACUCGGCCACGCGCAGGAAGUCCCGACGGCGCCAAGGGAUUCGAGUGGGUGGCCAAGCGCCGUGCUGACUCAACAUGGACAAGGCCAGUCAAUCCACGGCCUCCCGAACCGCACAACGCCGGUCUUCGUGCAGCACCGCCAGCUGUGCCGGCUGCAGCCCACCUACCCUUACAUGCCGCAGGACACCGUCGGCCUGCCACCCAUGAUCCGCUUGCCCGACGGGGAGGAAAAGGAGCCUCGCUUCUACCUUCAACACACGGAGCUGAAACGUUCCUGCAUUCGCGCGCCUCCUAACCGCACCGUCCUCAUAGACAAUUAUGUGCCCAGCACUGCCACAUGGAUGGGCAAAAGGGAAUCUGGAAGCAGUGGCGAGAGUUCUGAGAGUCCUCCGCCUUCCUACAGUGUGACUAUAGAGGACUCCUGUUGUAAAAUUGCUGCUCCAGGUCCUAAAAGGGUAUUACAAACAAGCUGGUGCGCCGCUGAAAACACAACCUCCACCGAGGCCGUUCCUCAUAACUCUUCAGUCACUUGAGAGACUUUUUCUUUGUGAUAUUUAAGUGUUAUCAAAUCUUUUCUAUGCGGUGCUAAAAAUCUCUUGUUGUGUUUUGUCUAUUUUUGUAAGCUUUUCCAUGUAUUUCUGCUAUACAUCUUAACUCAGUGCCCUGAUAAGCAUUAGUCAUUACUCCCAGAAUGUACCUGGCUUCGUAAUGCAAAAGCGAGCUGAAGUUGCACAGAGAAUGCUUCUGCUUUUAUAUUAUUUUUCGAGCUGCUAAAGCUUUUUGCUUGAAUCCGAGGGGCGUAUGUUUAAAAAUCUUUUAUCACGUUGUAAACCCAGAGGCAAUUUUCAGUUUUUGUGUACCACUAACGGCGGCGUUCAUGUCACCAUCUCAAGCACUUUUGCCUCUGAAACGACAAAGCAUGGGAAAAUGGAGCACGCUUCCUCCGAAUAAGCCAUGCAUAGCGAUGUACUCUCCUCGGUGCAAUUGACUUGAUCAGCUUUGAACUGAAUUUAUGCUACAACUAUAGACGCUGACUUUUGAGAAAAAAAAAAUAUCCUUGUCAUUUACAUUUUCAUGUUAUUUAACAAAGAUUUUGUAUUUAUAAGCUGUAGCAGUUUACAAUAAAAGGCUGGAGGUGAUGG